AUGCACCUGGCUGCAAUGUCUGUCAUCAUGGAGCAGCAAGGCACGUCGACCAGCACUGUCACCAAUACACAGAUCCCAGGCAUACCCUCUGAUGCGUCUGCAUUAAACUCUCUGCGAAAUGUUUUCCGGCGAAAUGAAACCCAGAAGAGACCAAGAUCUACACGAACAACAGAACUUCGAGGUACAGGGGACGUACCCACGCUCACGGCCAUUAGCUCUGCAGAGACGCGAUCAAAGUCCCCAGAUGCCAAGAAAUCUACCUCUGCUGCUGCGCAGUCGAAGUCUCCAACAAUUGAACGACAGGCCAACGUCGCACCGGCGGAAAUGUCCGCCACGCAGUCCAAGGCCGAUACUCAACCUUCCUUGUCAAUACCGAACGGCAUUGGGGCACACCCAGUCCCCGAUCUAAUAACGAAGAAUCACAGAAUCCGGCGAAUUUUAGAAAGGGUGAACUGGACCAAAUUACGCGGAGACUCCGUUGAAGAGGUGGCUACAUUUCGGGAACUUGAAGACGCAGAGACUAAAUUCCAAGAAUUCGAGUCAUUCAUUAGGGCUGAGGGCAAGUAUUUGGGUCUACCAGAGGGCUGCAAACCAUUCGAGAGAGUUUUGAUCCAGGGCAGCAUGGCAGGUUCCAAACCGUGUCCUUAUAUACGAUUCACCAAUUUCCGCACGGAAGAAGAUGUGCGGAGAUAUCAUGCGGCCCUGUCCAAGAGAAAGGUCAAACACCAGUAUCACCCGCCUCUACGUCUCUGCUAUGAGAUCCAGAGGUUGAAAUACCACGCAGCGAAUGCUGGUGUCCAUUUCGAGGGAGAUCCCGACAAAACGCUUUGCGGGAAGACUGCUAUGAUCGAGGAUGCCGGCACCAGGCGACUUAUCACCAUCGGUGGAGUCAUCCAAGUUGACAAGAAGCUAUACGCCAUGACGGCCGGACAUGCUGCAACAGCCGCCGAUGAAUUGAAAAACACCUCAGAAACUGAGUCAUCUUUUGGCCCUUACAGUGAUGAUGCCGAGUACGAUGAUGAUGUAGAAUCAGCACUGAUAUGCGGUGGACCGGGUACGAACUCGGAUGCUGGGUGGCAACCUCAUCGAGACAGUCAUAAUGAUGAGCACCAGAAUACGUCGGAAUCUGCUGCGUUGACUUUUCAUGGGUCCAGCAUGUCUGGAGAUGACUGGUCACUUCACCUGAUUGAGGAUCCUCUGCUGGCGCUGCCUAAUGCAUUGCCAGAAAUGGAUAGCGUCACAACUAGAUACAUGACUUAUCCCGCCAGUCAGCCCUUUCCUGGUCUUGUCUGCCUUAUCGCCGGUGUCAGUGGUCCUGUUGUCAUCCCCAUGCUCCCGGGGGUCCACGGUGAUUCCGGCUCCUGGGUCGUUGAUUGCACAAAUGGGAACGUGUUUGGACAUGUGAUUGCCAGCACCGACACUACAGCAUUUCUGAUUCCCCUGAUACACACGCUGGACUCCAUUUCUCGACAGGCAAAGCUGAAGGGUGCUGAGGGGAUCAUUUCACUCCCACCCGCGUUCGAUAUGUUAGCAGACCUUGCUCACAAACAAUCUCCAGCCUCAGAAGUUGCGCCAAUCAUCGACUCGUUCCUCAAGUCGUAUGGAAACUCUUCGACGAUCAGGACUAUUGUUCAGAACCUACUGGUGCGGACUGGCGCCGACUUGAAGGGAAACUUAGCAUCAAUUUACCGCGAUGAGAAUAGUGAGAGUCUUUCCAAGGUCAUCGAAGACAGCGCUCCUAUAGAAAAGGAAGUCACAAAGGCAGCGAUACGAGAUCUGGCCAUUGCACUUGGAAAUCAUCCUGAAUCCUUCGGCGUUCACGAGAUACCAUGGGAGAGGCGCCUGCUCCUGCUUGGAGGGGAAAACCCGGAGCCAAAGGAGCAGUCGAGUCAGAAUGAGCCAAGCAGCCAGUCCCGCCUGGUUCAUAACAUGCCUGGGGUGUCGCGGCACUCAAAAUAUGAUGUCAUCAUAAGGAGCGAUAAUCCUAUCGAUGUCAUGACGAAAGCUGUUCCUCCGAUUCUGGGAUCUCCUAAGCUUGAGCAGCAUGAGAAGCACCUACCCGUGCUGCGGAAGGCGACAAAUCCGCCUAGCUCUACACUGUACGAUACGCACCUGCAGAUGAGAUCUCAAUCACCACAGCCCACCGCAGCCCACCUCCCUAAGUCGAGAAAGAAGAGACUUUGUGGCAUGUCUGCAUUGGCUUGCGCAGGCCUAUCCAUCAUAAUUGCUGCCCUAAUCGCCGCGAUUAGCAUUCUGGGUGCAUUCCUCGGCUUGCCGGACUACGGUCAUUACGUCGACAUGUUCAAUAACAGGGACUGCGAGCACAAUGGCUGCCACGAGCACAAUAGCUCCCACGAGCACUACGACAAAUACAACUAG